AACCGCGAGGCUUUGAUCGAGUUGUUGGUUGCAGCCGUCUCUGACGCCUGCAACGCCGCAGAACAUUCUCAAGGAGGCACUUUCGCAGACGACGUAACUGUUGAUCACGGGCUUGUCGAAGUUGCAGUAGAGUGUAUAGUGAGGCCAGCAGCAGCAGGCAGUGAAGCAAUAGCAGAAGAGAUAAUAAAAGAAGAAGAGAAAGAAGAAGCAAGAAAAGCAGAAACAGAGAUAGGCUCAAUCCUUAACCUACCCUGGAGAUCGCAGCAACAGCCACUACAGCCACAGCUGCCGCAGCAGCAGCCGCAGCAGCCGCCGCUGCAGCAACCGGGGCAGCAGCAGCAACUGGAACCAGAGCAGGAGCAACUACUGCAGCAGCUGCAGCAGCAACGCCUUCGUGCUGCUUCAAAGCUCAGACUUCUCUAA